UUUGAGCUAAACAGCAUGAGGAAUUAGGUAUUUCCCAACAUAUCACACAUUACAAAAGUGGGUGAAUGUGCAGCAACAACUCCAUCAAAAUAUCAGAUCAGCUCCACUUCAUUUUUUCAUGUUGCACAUCCAACUACAAAUACUAAGAGUAACAAUCUUUGAAAUGCAUCAACACAAGUCUCCUAAACCUCUUCAUUCUUACUUAGCAUCUUGUGUCCUACUUCUUGUAAACGAAAAAAUGGCCAAACUCCAGCUACACAGCUCAAACAUACUCAAAACAACUCUGUACCUGUUGUUGUUAGCCAUUACGAUUGGUUGUGCCAGCUCAGCGAGGAUUCUUGAGGAAGCAGACCCUCAAUUCCCUGUCCCGGUCAAUCAGCCAGUGGCAUCUGAUCCACCUGAAAUUGAUGACCCUGAAGAGGCACCAGUGGUAGGAUCCUCUACUACAUUGCCAAGUGGGCAAAUACCAGUCCCUGCUGCCACUUCACCUGUUGCUAAUGUGGCACCGAUAGCAGAUCCUGCCAUCCCAUUACCUAGUGUACCAGGACCUGUCAUUCCACCUAUCGCCACAGCUGCACCAGUAGCAACCACCACAUCACCAAGCGGGCCUGCGGGAACAGCAGCCUCUGGGGCCAGUGAUACAGGACAUCCCGAGGCCACACUAGCCUUCUUUAUGCAUGAUGUCCUUGGUGGAAGUCACCCAUCAGGCCGAGUGGUGACAGGAAUCAUAGCCAACUCUGACGACAACGGUCUCCCAUUCUCCAAAGCCAACAGUCAAGUAUUUCCCAUCAACGGUGGUGUGCCACUAAACAACAUAAACAAUCUUGUCAACAACAACAACGUCCCCUUCCUUGCAGGACUGAAUGGUUCUCCAACCUCAACAAAUUUACAUAAUACUGGUAACAACAAUGUCGUCAGCGGUGGCAAUUCAUUACCAUUUGUCUCCGCAGGGCAACUUCCAGCAGGAAUAACACUCCAGCAGCUGAUGUUUGGCACCAUAACAGUGGUGGAUAAUGAGCUAACCGAGGGGCACGAACUUGGAUCAUCUGUGCUGGGAAAAGGGCAAGGAUUUUACCUAUCAAGCUCUCUCGACGGUACUAGCCAUACAUUAGCACUGACAACACUGUUCCACAGCGGAGACCAUGAUCACGAGCAUGUUGAUGAUUCUAUAAGCUUCUUUGGAAUUCACCGGACAGGUUCACCAAUUUCUGAGAUUGCAGUCAUUGGAGGGACCGGAAAGUAUCAGCACGCAAAAGGGUAUGCAACCAUUGAAAGUCUUCAUCAGGUUGACCAGCAUACUACAGAUGGUGUUGAAACAGUGACACACUUCACUGUAUACCUCACAUAUGAGGUCUAGACUCCAAGAGUACAUUUUCUUAAGUGUUCUGUUUCUUUCUUUAAGUUUGUACCUGUAGUCUUGUGAAGUUCUUGUGUGCUUAAUCUGUGUAUCAAGUGUCUUUGAUCGAUGUUGUCCUUAGUAAUUAUGACAAAGAAAUUAGAAAAUAA